CAUCAGCACGUGCUGUUAAGUUCGUUUUAUUUGAUGUAGUGAUUAUAAUAUAACAUUAUAAUAUGACCUAAAUAAUUAUUGUCUAUACUUAAUAUUCCGCCUUGUUUAAUCUUCGAUAUAAUAGUUGGUCAUUGAUAAUAGUUUGUCAGCAAUCGUAUUGUGUUUUUGGUUUUUCUGUUUUCUCGAAAAAAUAAUGGUUUCACUCAAUUCAAUAAUAAUGACUACCGUGAUAGUUUUCGGUGUGUUCGAUAAUUACACGUAUGCUAUUAUCGACUAUGAACCAGAUGGUAAGUAUUUAACUGCAUAAUAAACAUUUGUAUUUAUAAUAUAAGUUAUUAUAUCUUUGGUCCUAGGGAAGAAGGGCUAAAGUCGAUUUUGUCUAUUGUCAUUAGCCAUAAAAACUCUUUAUCUGGUAUUUACUCAAAUAAAUAUUAACCAGGUAAAUGUCCAUCAUUUGCUCUCUCGCCAUUGCCGAGGAGUGAAAACGUCAUGCUCUGUGGUUAAUGAUGUCCUACCAUUGAAUUCGGUAUGAGCCAUUCCGAGAUUAGGCGGAAUAAACAGACAGACAGACUCUUAAAUUUGAUUUAUUCGUAUAGAUAGAUAAACAAUGGUAUAUGUUUUUAUUUGCCAUAAUAUGAUUGGUAAACUGAGAUGAACUUACCAAAUUCGUAAACUAAUUAGGAAAUAAGUUGUUAACAGAAAAAUAAUUGUCUCGAUUCGCUCAAAUAUUGUCCUUCAUUUAUAAUUAGGUAUUUCAGAUUUGUCUUUGUUUUGAAAGAAUAUAACUAUGUUAUUUACCUAAUCCAUACUUUAAUGGUGUUUACAUUUCAUACUUUAUUUUUAAAGUAAAAAAGAUGGACAUACUUCCCACGAUGGGUCAAUGGUGGAUCAAUGUUGUAGGUGGGAAGUUGGGAAGGUAAGAUAUAGAGACGAAUUUAAUUUAUAUCUGUACGCAACAAUAAACCAUUGCUAACGAAAAACGAUUUGGAGCGAAGUUUCUUUUGUAUACAUAAUACAUGUACGUACAUUUUUCCGUUUUUUCUGUUUUUUCCAUUGUGAAAUCCGCUUGGGAAAUUAAAAAAAAUGAUCUUCUCGAAGUACCACCCAGAUAAAAGUUCCUUUUAGAAAAGGUACUAAACAUAAAAAUCGGAGCAAGAUUUCUGGUAGAAAAGUUUUUCUCAGAUAAAACAUAUAAACACCAUUGUAAAACCAAUGCAUUCUUCGCAACGCUCCGAAACUAAAAUCUCAGUGUAAAUCUGUGAAAAUGAAUUGAACAAUUGAUCACAGAUUACUUAUCUGUAAAGAAAGUUAUUAAAAAAAGGGAUACCUAAUAGUAUGACACAUUUGUCGUUUUUAUAUUUCUACACCAAACCCAAAAGCCAGAGAUGUCAACAAGACAAGACUAAAAGUUACAAGUUAGAUUGGCACAAUGUCCAAGUUGCCCUCCUACUUCAAAUUGUACAUCACAAAUUAUUAAUCAUUUAAAAAUCCAAUACUUGGAAAUAGAAAGAACAAUCUGAAUUAUUCGACUUAUUAAGUGUUAAACAAAAUGUUUGACGUCUAUAGUAUUUCCACGAUAAAACUGAUAUUGUUUUAUUGUGUAGACCUAAUAUAUUUUUAGUUAUCGUAAUGAGAAAUAUUUUGAAAAGUUCACUUUAAUUCAAUAUUAUAUUACCUACAAAAAAAAAUAUGUUUUAAAUAAUAUUCUUGGUAGAAAAUAGUAAAUAUUAAUCAUUGUAAUUAUUGUAUUUUUGUUUCUAGUUUGUAUGGGUAAGUAUAAACACAAUAUAAAUUGUAUACUUAUAUUAUGGCUAUUUACUAAUACCGGGUGAUCCAUUUAAGUGGGUACACUCAUUAUCUUGAAAAAUAUUAACUUUUUUCUGCAUUUGUUUUCUAGAACAUUUAAGAAACGAGAAGAUCUACAAUUUUAAAUUUAUGUUAUUUUUUAUCACACUUAUUUUUAUGAGUAAAACCACUAUCUAUUUUUGAUUUUCAAACGGAAAUCUAUGUUAAAAGUCCAUAAAUAGAUGGAAUAUUAGUUAAAAUAAAUUUUAGUGAUGACAUUUUUGAUUUCUGUCGAUCCGUUGACGAGAUAUUCCACUUUUAAGUUUUGGUUGGAGGAGAGUAGUGGAUUUGUGAGUAUCAUAUUUUGUGUGGUGGUACGGCCUGUUAAUAAUGUACCACUACUCUUCUCCAACCAAAACUUAAAAGUACAGACCACUCCGUAUUCUGAGAUUGUUUCUGAAAAAAAUUUAAUUGCUCACAUUAUGUUUCGGACUUUACGAAAAAAAAAUGAUUACCAUCAUUAUUAUUAACCCAAUUAUUAUGAUAAUCGUAUAAAUGAAGUAUUAUUUUACGUAAGUAUAAUAGGUUUAAUUUAUAAUAAUAUAUUAUUUCCCUAAUAUUUUUUUGUCUCCCGACGACGCACGACGGCACGAAUGUUAUUUAAAGAAUAUGAAUUAACACUAAAACACUAUUAUAUUCUAAAUUUGUAAAUUUGUAAUAUUAACUGUAGAUUUGCAGUAUUGUAUAAAUUGGUCGGCAUGAAUGCACUUGAUUAUCCUUUAUAAUACUAAAUAUUGAUUGUGUUCACAGAAAAACUUCAGAGCAUAUCCCAUAACACAAGUAAGCAUUAAAAUUUAGUAGUAGUUACUUAAUUUAUAAAAAUUAUUUGUCUGUGCGUCUGUAAACAAUUUUUUGGCCAGUAAUUUUGUUUAUUUAUCGUAAUUCGGUAAAAAGUAAUUGUACAUAAUACAUCAGACUUUCAAGGAAUAUUAUAUUAGUACGUUCUAGACAAGGUAAAAUUUCAGAACUAUUCUAUCUUUAUUUGAAUCUCGUUCUUGAGUUCUUUAUAAUUAUUUGACAUUUUCGAUUUUUUCGGUUUUAUGUGAAUUGUUUUGGACCCGUACAAAAUAUACUCUAAAAUCUGUGUGAGGUUAACUAUAAGUUACAUUUUUUGGUAAAAAAAAGAAAAGGAGCUUGUGUCAUUUUUUUUUUAUGACUGCUUAAUAUGGUUUAAAUUAUGAUGAAAAUCCUAAAAAUCAAGGCAUUUUGCAUACUACUUCUACUAUUUUAGAUUCUGAGUGAAGCAAAGAAGCUUAUGGUUUUACAAGUACAAUGAUGUUUAUUUUUUUUCUGUGGGAACCUACCAGCAAUUUUACUCCGAUCUUCAAUGAUGGCACUUUUUCUGAAAGGAAAUCAGACUAUUAAACAAAUAUUAUUAUAUUAAAGAAAAUAUAUAAUAAUGUAAUUAUGGAAUUGUUUUACCAUAAUUUGACAUAUUAUACAUAUAUUGUUCACAAAACAACAUUAUCAACUGAAUCCACUAAGAAUCGUUUUUUCGUUAUCAAUGGUUUAUCGUUGCUUACAGGUAAACAUUAGAAGAAAAAACAUUAAAUUUCCUAUAACAGUGGGUGCACCCAUCUUCAUUAUUCUAGGAGAGCUUUUUACUCGUAUACUUUCCAUUUAUGUGAAUACAACAUUUUGGCUCCGAAAAAUUCUCAACAAUUUUAGACACUCGAACGAAAAACCACGGACUAUUGAAAUUUUGUAUAGUUGCAAAUUAAUACUUAUUUACAUUAUUAUGUACGAGGAGCCUAACGCCCGCAAUAUUGGAUUGUUUUUUUUCAUAAUGUUGUGUAGUUGCAUUCAUACAUAAUUUGUAAUUUUUUAAUUGUUUUGGUGUUUCAGAUCAAAAUAUAUCUACAGAACCUGAUUUUAAUUGUAUUCAUUACCGAGGAAUGUGUAAGUAAUCAAACCCCAUUAAGUAUUCAUAAGAAACGAAAAGUUUUAAUCUCGUUUAACUCAGGAUGUCCUACAGUGUUAUCUUUAUGUGAAUAACUCUGUCAAUAUGCAUAUUUUUUUUUUAAAUAGGUUUUGCGCAAGGAAGACGCAUAUGUACAAAAAAAUUAAAUUUUUAUUUUCAUCCCUUAAUUAUUGAAAAAAAAACUUUUUAUUUAUCACUUUUCAAAAUUUUCAAAACAGCCAUUUUGUAAAAGAUAUUAUUCCAAACAUUUUGGUGUAACAUGCAUUCAUAUCCGAUCAAUAGUCUCUUAGUAAUUGCUAUUUUAAUUCCUAAAAAAUUGGCGUGAAAACAAUUCAUUUUCCAUAUUAUAUAUUAUAUUAGCAUUUGGCAUCGGCAUAAGUUGUAGUAAAGAAUAAAAAUAAAUGGUAAUAAUUAUUAAACAAAUAAAUAACAUGAAAGUUAGAAAUUAGAUUAACAAAGAAUAAAUACAAAUAUAAAUGUAAUUUAACUAGUCAAUAAAUAAACCCUAUAUAUAAAAUAACAGUCCUGACUAACUGAUUCAUCAUCGUUUAGCUUAAACCACUGGACGGAUCGGGCUGAAAUUUGGCACACAGUUGACGUUUGUGUAAAUGUUAAUAAACGGUAUGAUUGAUUGUCCGGAGUUCUUAUCUAAAAUUGAUCUUAAAAACCCUGUUUUUAACCCUAAAAAUAUAUUAUGUUUUCAUGUUUCCCCCAGUAAUCGAAAUUACGUUAUAAACAGUCCGUUAUACCGCUUGCCUAAGCCAUGUAAUGAACUCGUCAAUUCUGACUUUAAUUUUGAUUCUGGAUCUAAAUUAAAAUUACUUAAUUGUAAUACCAGCAAUUACUCAAUUGUAUCUUGUAUCUCAUCAUGUAAAAUCAUUUUUGUAAGCAUUGUAAUAUUGUUGUAUCUUACCUCUUGUAGGUGUUAAUAAAUAUUAUUAUUAUUAUCAAAAAUGUAAUUUUCUAAACGAAAGUAUCUAUACUUAUCCUUUUUAUGGAUUGAAGGCUUUUAUUGAGCAGCAACACAUUAACAUGAUAACCUUAAGUCUUUAUGUAGGUAUUCCCACACGAAUUCCGACAGCCUUUUCCCCUAUAAUCCGCAUACAUGGAUGUUGUAUACGUUGAAUCAACGUACACGUUUUAAACUGUAAUUAUCACAGUAUAUUGUACUACUAUUGUGAUCAUUAUUCUCACUCAUUUAACUUGUAGUAUUGGGCAUAAGUACGUUUGUAACUAAAAAUAAAUUAAUAAAUAAUCACCAAUUUUUUUUUAGCUAUGAAACCAAGUACGGAUCAUGGUGAGUUAUAUACUGUGGGAUUGAAUACCGUUUAAGUAUAACAUCUAAGAUUACUGGGUUUUAAUAUUUCUGAAAUAAUACAUUAAAUUAUGAUGAACCAUAUUUGCGAGAAAAAAUAAAUUGUACUCGGUUCGUUGAGAAGGAGAUGAUAUUCGGAAAUAUACCUUCUCAAAUUGUUUCGGAUUCUAAGUGCAGCGAGAAACGGAUUGGUUUUACUAUGAUAUGUUUUAACAUAAAGUGUAGCUCGUUUUCUAAAAACAAAUAUUGUCUUGUUAAUGUAUUUAAAAGGUCAUUUGAUAUUCCUUGUCAUUUUUAUAAUGAUUUAGACAAAUAAAAUAGGAAAAAUGAACGCAAUAACAGUUCCGAUUUAUUAAAUUUAUUAUUAUUUUUUUUUUUUUGGAAUUUGGUUAAACUUAAUCGUAAAAACUUCAAUUUGCAAAGAAUUUUUAAAAAAUUCUACCGAUAUUGAAAUUUUUUAUUUUUUUUUUUUAGUUUCAAGUGGAUACUUAUUUUGUCGAGAAUGCUUGGAAAUUUAUUACGAGGUUUAGUUUUAUUUAUUCAUCAAUCCCAAUGUUCGUAUCGUGCGAUUAUUAUGACAUCAUAAUAUUAUAUCUAUAUGUCUAUAUCUAUAUCUAUAACGUACUUCUAUGGAUUAAAUGAUAGUUAAUCAACCAUCUAAAUAAUUGAAAAAAAUAAACGUUAAAAAGAUGUCGUAGGAUAAUGGGGACGGGUGCAGCCACUGUUAUAGGUAAUUUAAUGUAUACCUGUAAGCAAUGAUUUAUCAUUGCUUACAAAAACACGAUUCUGUUCGGAGUUCAGUUGAUAGUGAUGCUUUGCCAACAAUAUAUAUAUAUGUCAUAUUAUAUUAAAAUAAUUAAACAGGCUUUCUAUAUUUUCUUCAAUAAUAUUAUUUGAGAAAAUCAAAAAAUGUCCUUCCUAAAUUACUUCCCCACACUGGUUUCCUUUCAAAAUAGGUGAUACAUUUAAAAAUCUGAUCAAGUCUUUUGGUAGAAAAGUUGCGCACAGAUAAAAAAAAAUUUAAAAAAGAAACAUAUUUGUAAAACCAUAAGCUUCUUCGCUCCGCUUAGAAUCUAAAAAAAAUAUUAUCUUAUAAAUAAAUUACAUUUUUAGGCUAUGAAAUGUUAUUCCAAGGUUAUAUUCAGGCGUCAUUGGGUUAGUAUAAUACGUCCUGUCAUAUUAAUUAUAAUGGUUACUUUAAAACAAUUUUUUACAAUAUAUUUUUGUUUUAAUUUAAUAUUUUAGGUAAAAUAGGUAAGUAUAGCUAAUCGUAAAAAUUCUACGGAGUAACACGUAACUAAUAUAAUAUUGUUUAUAAUACAGAAUGUGCACUCAAAUUUCGUCAAUGGUGUUUACUGUUUGGUAAAUAUUUAGAAUAAUAAUAUUCCACUAUUCUUGUAUAAAGUAUUUUAGAUUCUAAAUGGAGCAAAGAAUCUUAUGAUUUUACACAAAUUUUUAUAUUUUUUUUAUGUGCGCAACUUUUCUACCUAAAAUUUUGCUCCGAUUUUUAAGUGUAGCACCGUUUCUGAAAUGAAAUCAGUGUGUGGGGGGGUACUUUAGGGAGAAAGUCAUUUUUCGAUUUUCUCACCAGUUUUUCCAUUAAAUCCGGGAAAAAUCAUGGGAAAACCGUGGAGAAAACGAAAAAAUAGGUACAAUAUUGAACAAAUAUUUAAAAAUAUAUAUAUAUUGCCUAUGUAAUUAUUUUACCAUAAUAUGUCAUAUAUAUUGUUGAUAAAGCAACUAUAUUGUCAACUGAACUCCGCUCAGAAUCGUUUUUUUCGUUAGCAAUGGUUAAUUGUUGUUAAACAUUGUACAUUAAAUUACUUAUAACAAUAGCUGCACAUAUCCCCAUUAUCUUAGGGCAGCAUUUUAUUUUAGAUUUUGAACGUGUUACAUUUUAUUUUACCGUCCGUAGACAACUUUUCUACCAGCAAUUUUACUUCUACCAUCAUUUAGGAACUGACCAUUAAUCCCGGUGUUCCCAGUGCCAUGUAUAGCAAAAUCAGCACCCGAAGCCAGAAAAAUUUACCGAUGAUCAAAAAUUAAAAAAAAGAACCUAAACCUUUUCGUUGGGAGUUCAUUUAUACGUUUACUGUAAACAUAUUCAAUUACAGAAUUUGAAAUGCUUUUAUUGGCGCUCCUGUGGUCAUAGCGCUCAGUUCGUAGGCACCUCUCAAACCCCCCUGGGCACGGACCUGAGUAUAUUUAAUUAAUAUUUACCAGAAAUUUUUUGUUGGGAAGCAUUUUACCCUUCUCGGCCAUUUCAUAUUAAUAUAUAGGAACUUGCUAUGAUGGUCGGUGGGUUUUAAAAAAGAUUGAAUUCUUAUAAACUUCCCAUUCAGUGUCCCUUUCUGUGAUAGGU